AAUCAAAGGAGCGCAGCAGUUCAGCACCACCAUGGAGAGCGGCGUGGUGCACAUCUUCAAAGAGGACCGGUGUCCCUCGGGCCAGCCCGGGCAGUGCGUGCCGAACUUCACCUGGCAGCCCGGCUUGUCCGACGACUUUAACUACACCCCCAACGGGACCUGGGACGCGGAACCCGAACCAAUGUCACCCAUCAUCCCCAUCAUAGUCGCCGUGUACUCGGUGGUGUUCGUGGUGGGCUUGGUGGGGAACUGUCUGGUGAUGUAUGUCAUCAUUAGAUACACCAAGAUGAAAACGGCCACCAACAUCUACAUUUUCAACCUGGCCGUGGCUGACGCGCUGGUCACCACCACCAUGCCCUUCCAGAGCACAGACUACCUGCUCAGCUCCUGGCCGUUCGGCGAAGUGGCGUGCAAGGUCUUCAUCUCCAUUGACUACUACAACAUGUUCACCAGCAUCUUCACCUUGACCAUGAUGAGCGUGGAUCGAUAUGUGGCCGUGUGCCACCCAGUUAAGGCGCUGGACUUCCGCACGCCUGUAAAGGCAAAGAUCAUCAAUGUGAUCAUCUGGGUGCUGUCAUCGGCUGCUGGGAUCCCUGCCAUGGUGCUCGGCAGCACUAACACCAAUAAUGGAACUACAGAAUGUGCUUUACAGUUCCCUGACCCCUACUCCUACUGGGACACCCUGAUGAAGAUCUGCGUCUUCAUCUUUGCCUUCGUGGCACCCCUCAUUAUCAUCACCGUCUGCUACACGCUGAUGGUCCUGCGGCUGAAGAGCGUGCGUCUCCUCUCUGGCUCCCGCGAGAAGGACCGCAACCUCCGUCGGAUCACCCGCCUGGUGCUGGUGGUGGUGGCGGUCUUUGUGGUGUGCUGGACGCCCAUACACAUCUUCAUCCUGGUCAAAACGCUGUCGUCCAGCGUGCCCGAGACCACCUCCGUCAUGGCAGCCUACUUCUUCUGCGUGGCGUUGGGUUACACCAACAGCAGCCUCAACCCCAUCCUCUAUGCUUUCCUGGAUGAAAACUUCAAGAGGUGCUUCAGGGACUUUUGUUGCCCUGGAGCAGGGCGGGGACACAGGGACUGUCAAGGGGUGAGCAGAGUGAGGAGCACCCUACGGGAUCACACCUGCCCCACCGAAGGACGGGGAGACACGAGACAACCCAGGCCAGUAUGACUAGCCAUGAACAUGUCCUCUAAUUC